AUUUCAGUAUAUCUUCUUCCUUCACGCCACAUAAAAAGACACACGAACCCUAAAUUUUCUUUCGUAAUCAGAAUCAGAAGUAGUUUCAGAAGAGGAUUACCAUUCCGAUCAGAACAAGGUUGCAGUAGAUAAGGUGGAUUGAUGCUGGAUGGCAACAUUUGAGGGGAAGAAGGGUGUUACGUAUUCAUCGUUGUCGAAUAUGGAUAAAGGAAAUAAGAAGUUUCAGUUUGAUGAGGAUGAUAAUGAAGAUGGUGGUUUGAAUGAUUUUUGGAAUAUCGGGUACGAAGAAGAACGAAAGGUUUCUAGUCCGUUAAGUACGAGUUCCGCUGUUGCGAAGCAAAACUAUGAUUAUGAGUAUGCGGAUGAUGAGCCUGCUGAAAAAGUUGUUGAAGAAGAAGAUUUUGUUGAUACAGGGUAUGAUAAUGCAAAAGAUGAUCGAUAUCGUUAUAACUCAUUGCAGAUGCAGACAACCCAACCAGAGGUGAAUUUGAAGAAUGUGUUGGGUGGGAUAGUUGCGAUAUUGACUGGUCAGAAUAAGGGUCAGAGUACUAAUAAUGGUGAUGGUUUUGUUGAAGUUGGAGAUCAGUUGGACAGUAGUUUGCCUAUAAAGUAUCCCAUUGUUAAGGAUAUUUGUGAUAGUGUUUACCAGAAUGUUUUCUCUCCAAGUGCUCCUCCGCUUCUUAAUCCUCUAGCUGCUUGUAAAGAAGUGUUGGAUGCGGAACCACCAGAGUGGGUUCCAGACAGUGCUGCUACUAAAUGCAUGAAGUGUGAUUGUCCCUUUACUGCACUUACUCGUGGCAGGCAUCAUUGUCGUUUCUGUGGAGGGAUAUUUUGUAGAGCAUGUUCCAAGGGGAGGUGCUUGUUGCCUAUCAAGUUCAGGGAGAGGAGUCCCCAGAGGGUGUGUGACACUUGUUUUGAGAAACUCGAACCUCUACAAAUCUUUUGGGUGAACACCAUAAGCAACGCAUCCCAGAUCGCUAAGCAUGAUGUGACGGAUUGGACAUGCACAAGAGGGUGGUUGAAUAUGCCUAUUGGUCUUUCCAUGGAAUAUGAGAUUUACAAGUCCUGUAAUACUCUGAAGAGUUACUGCCAGGCUGCUCGAUUGAAACCUGAGAGAUCAAUGCCUCCAGCAGUCCUUAAAGGUGCUAAAGGCUUAGCCAUUUUAACUGUUGCAAAAGCUGGCAUGCUUCUUACAUAUAAGAUUGGUACCGGUUUGGUAGUUGCUCGGAGAGUGGAUGGAUCGUGGUCUGCCCCUUCUGCUAUAGCAUCUGUUGGUUUGGGGUGGGGUGUUCAGGCCGGUGGUGAGCUCACAGAUUUUAUUAUCGUGCUUCAUGAUCACAAGGCUGUGAAUACGUUUUGUAGCCGCAUGCAUUUUGCUCUUGGAGCUGGUUGCAGUGCUGCAGCAGGACCUGUAGGGAGAGUGCUUGAAGCUGAUCUUCGAGCUGGAGAUAGAGGAUCUGGCAUGUGCUAUACUUACAGUUGCAGCAAGGGUGCGUUUUUGGGAGUUUCACUUGAAGGAAAUAUAAUCACGACAAGAAUGGAUACCAACCUAGAGUUUUAUGGUGAUCCAUAUCUCACCACAACCGACAUUCUUCAUGGAACCGUCGAGAGACCCAGGGCUGCAGAGCCUCUAUACUCUGCCCUCGACAAUCUCUUCUCCAAGCUAUGGUAGCUACAUUGAAAUACACUUUUAAAUAGAACAUAAACUUUUUCUCUUCUUCUCUUAAUGUACAUAUUUUAGUCUUUCCUCGGAACUCAACUCUAUGUUUACGUGGUUCUCCCAGCAAUUGUAAAUACCAUCAUGUCUAAAUUGUGGGUGAUGGCCUUCUCGACCAUCCCUGCUGCCUGCUUAAAAAUACUCUUCCUCAAAAUGUCUGUACAGUGUAAUUAGUAGUUAAUCUAAGGAUUUACUUUCAUGUUUAUUUGUCAUUGGGUGGUUAAAAAAGCAUGUAAUGAAUUCUCUGGUUACUAGUAGAUUGGUGCACAUUUAUGAACUUGACUAUUUGCA